AUGUCUAAAAAUACUGGAGAAAUGACACGAUCUUCCUCUCUUAAAUUCAAACUAAAGCUUGUAGCGACAUCAAAACCUCUUUCAACAUCAGAAUUACUAAAACGAUUAAAAAGUUUAUUUGGAGAAUUAUCUACAAUGGAACAAGAAGAGGUUGACCAAAAUUCAUUAAAAAGUAUAACUCAUGAUCUUAUAAAUAAAAGUUUGAUGGGGCAUAAAGAUAAUGGAAUAAAGGCCUAUGUGGCAUGUUGUAUUUCUGAUUUAUUGAGACUUUAUGCUCCUGAUGCUCCUUACACAGAUCACGAAUUGAGAGAAAUUUUUGUAUUUUUUGUCCAACAACUUCAAAAUAUUGGAAAAAUAGAUGGUCCAUAUUUUGAUUUAUAUUUCCAUUUACUGGAAAAUUUGUCAACAGUAAAAAUUGUUUUAUUAAUUCUUGAAUUACAAGAUUAUGAAGAAAUUUUAAUUGAGUUAUUUCGUAAUUUUUUUGACGUUGUUAGACCAGAAUUGUCAAAUAUAGUUUAUUCGCAUAUGGUAGAUAUUCUUGAACAAUUAAUCAAUGACGGUAAUGCUCUACCUCAGGAUGUGAUUGACAUUAUUCUGGCACAAUUUUUAAGAAAAAGAAAGGAUGAAAACCCAACAGCAUAUAGAUUAGCAUGUGAUGUUUGUAGGGCAGCAACUGAUAAACUUCAACGAUAUGUUUGUCAAUAUUUUACAGAUGUGAUUGUAGCAGCAGAAAAGACGGGGACAUCAACAGCUGAUGAAUUGAACGAUUUUAAAACUGCACAUGAUCUUAUCAAGGAAUUAAAUAGAGUGGCUCCUGGUUUAUUACUUAAUGUGAUACCGCAACUGGAAGAAGAGUUAAAACUUGAUGACCUAAAUUUGAGAAUGCUUGCAACACAAGUACUUGGCGAAAUGUUUUCAGAGAAAGAUUCCACUUUGGCUAGUAGAUAUGACAGUGUAUGGAGAACGUGGCUAUUAAGAAAUACUUACAUAAUAGUUUCAUUACUUAAAAGGCGGAAUGACAAGGUGGCUGAUGUUAGGUGUACAUGGGUAGAAUUUUGUUUGCCAUUAUACACCAAUCAUCAUGAAUUAGCGGAUCAAAUUAAUGAGGCGAUUAUUACCAAAUUAUCAGAUCCUGAUGAUAAAGUUCGAAUAGCUGUUUGUAGAGUUUUUUGUCAAUUAGAAUAUGAAUGUGCUUCAAAACAUGUCAAAAAAGAUUUAUUUAUCGAACUUGCUAAACGCUGUCGCGAUCGUAAACAUGGUGUCAGACAAGAAGCUAUAAAGGCUUUGGCCCGUUUAUAUAACAUGGCAUAUUUGGAAAUUCUUGAUAAUGAAGCUAAUGCACCUGAAAAAUUUGGAUGGAUUCCUUCAGAAUUAUUGAAUACUAUAUAUACAAAUGACAAUGAGAUUAUUGCAUCUGUAGAAAAUGUUUUGCAUGAAGAGAUAUUGGCAUCUAAUAAUGUGGAAUCAGCCAGAAUGGAUCGACUUCUUGUUGUUUUUGGUUCACUUGAGGCAAAGGCAAAGAAAGCUUUUUUUUCAAUUCUUCAAAGACAAAAAGAAACAAUUAAUGAUAUGGAAAUAUAUUUAAACUUGUGUGAAAAUUCUAUGGACGUUGAGGUAGAUGGUGAUGCAGAUAAAGCAGAUGAUAUGUUGAAUCAAACAAUUAAUCGAAUUGCAGGAAAACUUCCAGAUCCAUUGAAAUCGGUAAACCAUCUUUCAUCGUUCCCAAAAUUGAAUAACAGUCGUAUUUACAAAUUGAUAAGAGGUUGUAUGAAUCCUACCUCAGAUUAUAAAACUGUGAAAAAAUCUGCGAAAGAUGCAUUAAAAUGCAUUGAACAACUGUCGCCCUCUUCAGCUGAGACAUUUUCUACCCUAAUACGUCGAAUUAGUCUAACCAUAAUUAAUAGGGAUUUGAUAGCAUUGCUUUUAGAUAAAAUUAGAUCGAUGGAUACUUCUAAACAUAAUGGCGAUUCUAUUAUUGCACACGAAUUAUUUAGGGAAACAUCCCACCGGUUUCCUGCUAUAUUUAAACCCUACUUUCAUGAACUGACAGAUUUGGCCAUUAAUGAAGAUGAUGAAACUACAGAAGAUAGUUUGGAAGUACUUUCUAAAUUGGCUAAAACAUUUCCUGACGAAACGCCUCAAGAAAGGGGUCAUAUAGAACGUUUUAUGAAAUUAUCACUUGAAGGAACACCCAAACAAGCCAAAUUUGCUACUAUUAUUUUAGGUCAUGUACGACAAAAAGAUCAAUUGUGCACACUCAGUCAAUGUGUUCUUUAUGCACCUAUUGUAUACGAAGAGAAGAGUGACUCGAUAACUAAUUUUAUUGUUAAAGAGAUAUUAAUGAAAAAUUAUCAUAAAGCAGUUCCAGGAGAUGAUGUCGAAUGGAUAGAAGAUCAUGUAAUUGACGAUGAAUGUAAGGCAAAGAUAAUGGGAUUAAAAGUACUGGUGAACCGUUUACUGACAGUUUCUGAUAGAGAGGUAGCAGUCGAGUUGGCUAAACCUAUUUUUAAAUUAUUUUGGAAUUUAAUAAGGGAAGGCGGCGAAUUACUUGGUGAUAAAUCAACAAGACCUUCAUUUCGGAGUAGAUUAAGAUUGGCAGCUGUUCACAAUUUAUUAAAGCUAGCACAUAAAAAAAUAUAUAAUUCAAUGAUAUCUGUUGGAGAAUUUCAAGAAUUGGCAUUUAUGAUACAAGAUCCUUGUUACCAAGUGAGAUUUGGAUUUGCUUCAAGGCUUGUUAAAUAUUGUGCAAGUUAUCUUCUACAUGCACGAUUCUUGUCUAUAUUUUUUUUAACUGCACAUGAUCCUGCGCACGAAAUUCGUGAUAUGGUUAAAGUUUUUUUGACAAGACAAUCUCGUGCAACUGGGUCGAUCCGUGAUAAGAAUCUGUUGUUUGAGAUGUCUUUAGUUAGAUUGAUUCAUCUCCUUUCCCAUCAUCCUGAUUUUUCGCACGAAUUAAAUGUCCUUUCUGAAUUCAUGGUUUAUAUAGAUUUUUUCUUAAAUACAAUUGCAGAUUCGGAGAAUAUUUCAUAUUUGUCUUGUCUUGCAGGAAAAUUAAAACAAGUUCGCGAUAAACAAUCAUUAGAACAGAGCGAGAAUUUAUAUUUAUUGAGUGAUUUGACUCAACAUCUAAUAAGAGCCAAAUGUAAAUCUCUUUCUUGGCCAUUAACUACUGAUUUUCCUGGAGACGUCAAUUUACCUAAUGAUUUAUUUAGCAAACUAUCAAAUCCCGAGAUUAUAUCACAGAUUACAACAAAAAACUAUAUCCCAAAUGAAUUUAUGAAAACAUUUGAAAAAAAACAUGGAUCCACACAUAAUAAAAAUGACAAGUCCAAAUCAGCAAAAAAAACGAGGCUGACAAAAUCGUAA